AUGCCAUCCGAACCGCAUCGACCGACGUCGUUCCGCACGGGGGAGACCGAGCCUUUGCUUGAGCCAGCGACACAGGCGCACCUCGCUGGAGAUGGAAUCCUGGACAGUGACCCCCGAUCUCCAACAUCGACGGACGAGCUUCCUGAAGAAAGAGCAACCUUACGUAUUGCGGCAGCAGCAUGGUCUUUUGCGGUGGUUGGAUUGUUCACGUCAACGACGGGCGCCGUCAUCCCUCAUCUAGAGGAGUCUUACCAACUCACGGAUAUCCAAGUUUCAGCGCUCUUCCUCGUCGGGCCUAUUGGCUACGUUAUUGCGUCGUAUCUCAAUGAUUCGGUCCACGCCAAGUUCGGCCAGAGAGGCAUUGCUAUCAUCGGCCCGCUAUGCCAUCUGCUCUAUGCAGCUGUGGCUGCCGCCCGUCCUCCAUUCCCGGUGUUCCUGAUGGGUGCGGCUGCCGGGGCAUUUGGAACCGCAGCAGCUGCUAUCGAAUCUUGCAUCCUUUGCUGGGCGUUCAGAAACGAGAACGCAGAGAGAUACCACAAAAGCAAGCUAUACCAAGAGAUCGCAAGCGACCCUGCCUCCAAAGGAGCCAUCUUCAAAUACAAGGCAACGUGGGUAUAUGCGGGGUACCUGCUGAUAUAUGUCGGAGCCGAAUGCACCAUCUCCGGCUGGAUCGUAGCAUUCAUGCUUCGUGUCCGGCACGCGAGCACCUACGCAUCGAGCAUCUGCUCGUCUGCGUUCUGGGCCGGUAUGGCAGCGGGGCGGCUGAUGCUGGGCGUGGUGACCGACAAACUGGGGGUCAAACGAGCCGUCGUCGUUUACCUCAUCUUCGCCCCAGUGUUCACCCUGCUGUUCAUUUUCGUUCGGGUGUUGUGGUUCUCGGUCGUUGUUAUGGCUCUGCUUGGGUUCGUGAUGGGGCCUCUGUUCCCCUCGGCCAUCGUCCAGUUGGUCAAUCUAUUGCCCAAGGAGCUGCAUGUCGCUGCCGUCUCAUUUGUCGCGUCGCUGGGGCAGGUUGGCGGCGCGUUGCUGCCGUAUAUGCUGGGAGCCAUCACGCAAGUGGCAGGGCUAGAGACUUUCCAGUACAUGCUUCUGGUUCAGUUUGGUAUCUUGUUCAUUAUCUGGAUCCCCUCCUUUGGCCUGUCAUCUGGCCAGUAG